AGUACGAGUGGGCGUAGGAUACGGUAGGCUCAGCAGGAAAAACAGUGGUCGAAGGACAACUCAAGAUCAUAAAACCUACACCCCCAACAUUAGCAAGAGGUACAUUUACCGUCACCAUGACACAAGCUGCUGAUAUCAACUCCACUGAGACCAUGAAGGCUGCCAUUUUGCACAAGAACGGAGAUCCUUUGAGCAAGAAAGUAUUGAGUUUGGAUCAUGUUCCCAUCCCAGAACCCAAGAAAGGUCAACUCUUGGUCAAGAUCCAUGCUGCAUCAAUCAAUCCUGUUGAUUGGAAACUUACGAAGGGAGAAAUUCCAGGCUAUAAGAGAGGUCCUGUUGGUUGUGAUGUGGCUGGAACAAUUUUGAAAAUUGGGCCGGACACUAGUUCUGACCUCAAGGUUGGUGAGGCCAUCUAUGCUGAUGCAAUUGAAACGAAGGGAUCCUUUGCAGAAUAUUGCAUUGUACCAGAAAAUGUGGCAUCAAAGAAGCCCUGUAACAAUUCCUUUGCAGAAGCAGCCUCCCUACCUCUGGCUGGAUUGACUGCCCUGCAAGGAUUGAAGAUUCAUGGCAGGCUUGAAAAGGGACAGAAAGCUUUGAUCUAUGGUGGAACAGGUGGUAUUGGAUCAUUGGCUAUUCAAAUGGCAAAGGCAUUGGGUGCAUCAGAGGUGUAUGCCACAGGAAGCAAUACAGAACUUAUCAAAGGUUUGGGAGCUGAUGUUGUGGUCAACUACAAGGAAGAAUCUUUGAUGGAUGCCUUGAAAGGAAAGGACUUUGAUUUGGUUUUUGAUACCAUCGGUGGACUAGAACACUGGCAAGUUGCAAAAGAAUCCCUAAAGAAGAAAGGUGGAAAGUUCAUUACUUUGAAUGAUGAUGGUGGCUCCUUGCUCACCAUGCUUGCUAAAGCAGUUUGGCGAAGUAUCAUUGGCAGUGUUGGAUUGGGCAUGCCCUAUGCUUUCAUUGUAACUGACACCAAAUUUGCAGGAGUUGGCAAAGACAUGGCUCAAAUCACAGAACUUGUAGAAGGUGGACAUGUCAAGGCUUUGUUGGCUGAACAACAGUUUGAAUUGACGCAGAAGGGCCUGCAGGAUUUGGUCCAUGCCAGUAUGUCUCGUGCCAAAGGAAAGUUGAUUCUACAAGUGGAAAAAGAGUAAAGAAUAAGAGAAUGCCGGCUGAAGCAAAAGUAUCGUGUACGCUGUUCUACAAAAAAGUUGCUUUCUCGUAAUUCAAACAAUAUUUCAUAAC